AUGCGAUUCUCCCACGAGAGCACCCGCGAGUCCAACCACGAUGGCUUUUCAACUGUUUUCAACGGUCAUGCAGUAGAUGCAGAUGGAAUUGCCGUGGCUGCUCCUCCACUGCCGGUCAAAAAUCCAGCAAAAGAAGAUGUCGAUCCCAACGUCGACGAGAGCGUUGCAGGUGGCGAGUUUGAAAAGAUUGAGGAGGAGAGUCAUGAUCACCCUGAGGUAGCUGCUCUCCCUAUCGAGGUUCGGCAGCUCGUCAGCCUCGACGACGAUCCGACGCUCCCUACCAUUACUUUCCGCUAUUUCAUCCUCUCGAUCAUCUUUGUCGUUCCUGGUGCAUUUCUUUCGCAGAUGAGCCAUUUCCGUACGACUCAAGCUCCCUACUCGGUAUUCUUUGUUCAAAUUGCCUGCCAUUACGUCGGGCAUUUCCUGGCUAAAGUUCUCCCCAAUUGGGUAAUCCGUGUCCCUUUUACGAAGUACUCCUUCAGCUUAAACCCGGGGCCGUGGAGCAUCAAAGAGCAUGUUCUGGUCACUUUGACUGCGGCAUCCGGUGCCAACUAUAAUCUCCUAUAUGCUCCCAUCUCAAUGGCCGAGCUUUUCUACGGCGAAACGAUCCAUCCAGCUGUUGCAAUCUUUUUCAUGUUUGCCAUUACCUGGAUUGGAUAUGCUUUUGCGGCUAUUGCUCGUCAACUUCUUCUCUACGAGCCCAAUUACAUUUGGCCACAAGCUUUGAUGCAGACCACUCUGUUCGAAACCUUCCGCAAGGUCGACCGAUCCUCUCCUCUUGCUCGGCGCCAAAUGCUUGUAUUCUUUCUCUCACUUCUCGGCAUGACACUCUGGCAAUUCUUGCCAGAAUACGUCUUUCCCUUCCUCUCGUCACUUGCGUUCCUCUGCUGGGUCGCGCCGCACGACAAGGUUGCAAAUUUUAUGGGCUCAGGCAUGAGCGGCAUGGGGUUUUUGAAUCUGACUCUGGACUGGUCAAAUAUCAACUGGAAUGGCUCUUCUAUCAUGCUUACACCAUGGUGGACGCAAGUCGUCUUGUUCUGCGCUUUCGUAUUCAACUGCUGGAUUCUCCUCCCUGCCGCGAAAUGGGGCAACUUGGGAUCCUAUAAGGAAGGAUUGAUGUCUAACAAACUCCUUACCGCCAACGGCACGAAAUAUCCCGUUCUCGAAGUGCUCAAUCCGGACUAUACUCUUAAUCAAACCGCCUAUGCCGAAAAUGGCCCCAUCUACAUGGGUGUGCAGUACAUCUGGAACACAUUCUUUGACUACGCCAAGAUCCCGUCUGCAUUUACAUGGAUCAUUCUUUUUGGGUUCGCCAACCUCAGCGUCAAUGCCAAACGCCUCUGGAACUCUCGCAUCCGUGGCGACCGGAACAAAGGCGAAGGUAUCAACCAUCAGUACCACGACAGACUAAACGUUUUGCAGCGCGCGUACAAGGAAGUCCCCUUUUGGUGGUAUUUUGCGCUGUUUUCGGUUGCAUUCGUUAUCAUCAUCACCUGUCUGGCCAAGGGCUAUUUCUUUAUCCCGCUCUGGACGUUCUUCAUCGCUCUCGCGACCGGCAUCGUCAUUGUCAUUCCUAUGGGCUGGCUGUACGCCAUAUCCAACUACCAGGUCGCAAUCGGAUCCUUCAAUGAACUCAUUUACGGUCUCAUGGUACACUCCCCCGCUGGCGGCAACCACUUCCACCCUUGCGGGCCGUCCACUUACGGUGCUAUCGCCGGAGACGCAUGGUAUCGUGCUCAGUACAUGCUUCAGGACCAGAAGAUCGGGCAUUACAUGCAUAUGCCUCCGCGAACAGUCUUUUUCUCUCAGGUCUUCGGGACAAUUCUAGGCAUUCCCAUGAACUACGGCGUUAUCCGCUGGGUGCUCAAUACCAAACGCGACUACAUCUCUGGGGCCAAGCCCGACCCGCUACACCAAUGGACUGGCCAAGCCUUGCAGAGCUCCAAUACUCUCGGCGUUCAAUACGCUGUCAUUGGACCCAAGCGCAUGUUCUCCCAGGCUCUUUUUGCUCCUCUUCCCUGGGCGUUCCUCGUCGGCGCUUUCGCUCCGUUCGUAUUUUACGGCCUUCAUCGCGUUUUCCCUCGCGCGCGGUUUGACCUGUGGAACAUCACCAUCUUCUUUUCCGGAAUGUCCGUCUUCUAUGGUAACUUGUCUACGGGUUAUACCUCUGCAAUUAUUGGUGGCUUCGUGGUCAUGUACUGGGUUUAUAGACGCCAUUUCCAAUUCUGGAAAAGGUAUAACUACAUGGUUGCUGCAGCAUUCGAUGCCGCCUUCAACCUCAACAUGUUGCUCAUUUUCUUGUUCUUUGGUGCAGGAAAGCAGGUUAAGAUGCCGAAUUGGUGGGGCAAUAAUGCCGAUUCGACCGAACGAUGCUUUGCUUCAAGCUAA